UGUUCGACUAACCAUUUGCCCUCAAGACAGUCCCUAUACUUGCGCGUGACCUUGGUUUGGCCGCACAUCGUCAAGCUGGAGAUAUGGAGAGCGUGACAGGCUGCUCCCUAACGGUGAGACGGAUGGAGGUGUCGCGAGAAAUGACCAACUUCAAAGUCGCCAGCGGGCUUGGGAUCGUAUCUUUACCAGGGCUUCUUAUAUUCAAAAUCCCUGGGCUCCCGCCCAAGACCAGUGCGGAAGCGGAACCAGCCAGAGCAUAGCGAGUACAUUCCAUCAGAGGACCUGCAGAUCGGCAGUAGCCCCCCGGAGAGGCCCAACACAGCGUCAUCGUUGCCCUCGAGCGUUGGCUACAUGGAAAGAUCAUCAGCACCACUUGUGGAGGACUUCACUGUCAGGUUCAUGAGCUGCCUUAUCCGAUGUGUGCUCAACUACGUUCAGCUGGUUAACAAAGAAUUGCCCAUCAUACAUUAUCGCGACCGACGACUUUCUUUCACAUGCGAGGAAGCUGGUAUGGGACAUCCGUUUGAAGCUAUCGAUGAUGGCGGUGUGCAGCUUCAGCAUCUGGGAGAGAAUCUGCAAGUGGCAAUAUUGGAAGCUAAACGCAGUUUCCAAGCGAUAGCUGACAGUCGUCCAACUGUGUCCGAUGAGUUAUUGGCACAAAUAGUCGGUGAGGCACUUGCGUUAAGACUCCAAGACCAUGCGUGUAUCUGCAGAGAAUAUCGUAUCCAUCGUGGCAGUCAAGUACUACAUCAAACUUUUCCACUUUAACAUCACGAAUGACUUCAUUCGCUGUUUCAAGACACUCCAUCCAACCGACGCAAAUUCUGACCACUCUACCUAUCUAAUGGUGGACUCGACGGCUUGGUUUGAUAUGCGUGAGGUAGCCGGCCGCAAGUACUUUGUGCGUCACCUAGUCGCCUUGGUAGCAUGGGCGGAUGCAGCAUUCAGCGCUACGAUCAACUUGGAGGACUCAGAAGAUUCAGAGGACGCCGGAGAUGUAGAGGACUAUAUGGAUAUAGGAGAAUAGUUUCGCUUUGCCUCUGCGCUGCGCUGUGCCACCUGUCAAUGUCAACCCAAGAAAUAGUGCGGGCGCCGUCAUGCAUCUGAAAACAUACACUUCGGCCGGCUAUUUGCACCUCGGUCGGAUUUCUUCACUCUCGUGACUCGCGUUUCGGAUAUCCACGUAGCAGAAGCGAGGAAAUACGGUCGCAGAAAGUGUUGUACGGUUUAUAUGGUAUCUUUGUAUGCUGGAUUGAGACAAAGGGUGAUGCUGAUGCGGAAGGACGGCUCGCAGGGAGGUCAAGUUUCUGGAGAAACGAGGAGGAGAUAUCAGCUGUAAAGAGGUGGGUGCAUGCCUUAUCAUUGAGAUCAGUCAAUAAUACGCGGCACUAACAUAA